GGGUGUAGCUCAAGAGCUUUUCUUUUAUAUGCCUUUUUUAUUCUGAAGGAUAAAGUUAGCCGAUCAAAGAACGGGCCAAAGUUGUGAACACUAACUCGUCUGGUGAAGCAGUUCGGUCAACUCCCAAAAGUUCAUAGUAGUCCGGUUUGCGAUCGAUAUGUCCGCUGGAAGAUUCCGAACAUGGCUCGUCGCUUUUGGAGUAACUUUGACCCAUAAUGUAUGAAAACGCCAGAUACGACUGAAUCCUGCAAGGUGACCAUGAGGUGAUCGGUUACUGGUUCGAGGUGUUUCAUCUCAUAAGAGUAUAUCGAGAUGAUCCCACCUCUUCAAGGACUUCCUGAUGAGAUAUUAUAUAUAAUUCUCUGUCACUGCCAUCCUUGCUCUACUGUUUCUCUAGAACAAACCGCUCGCAGAUUCAGCACCAUCACCCGAGAACCCUUAUUAUGGCGUUUCUACUGCCAGUCCCAUUUCAAGUUCUGGGAUAGUAGACAUGACAUUGAUGAAAAACUUAACUGUCCAGCCUCGUCGAUAGACUGGAAAGAACUCUUCAUCGCGAGAUAUCACAUUGACCGUGAAACAACGCAGGUCUUGAAUAGCAUACUUGCAAAUCAGACUGGGAGGAUCCGAAAAUUCCAUACGAUCACUAGCUUCGGAUAUGAUGCAAAAGACACCCUUUUAACGCACAUUCACUCAGAAUCGGAAGAAGAAGAUUAUUUAGCAAGAAGGUACUAUGCUCAAGCGCUCCUAUCUUGCCUACAUCGAAGUACCGCCAUUCCUGAAUGGUCAAGGCUUCGAAAUGGAGAAGACGUUUCCCUUGAACAGGCACUGGGGGCCUUUGAUCUUUUCCUCCCAGAGAGCGGGUUUGAUGACCUGAAGCAGAUUACAUCAAAUUUGGAUGAUAUCGUGACCCAGUUUCAAAGAGCUUACCCUGAUGUUCGAUAUUUCACGCCUCGUCAAAAGGCUUUAAGUCUGGCUUUGUACCUGAGAAUAUCCAACUUAACGGGUAUUGAUCCGGGACGGGAUUAUCAUCGUUUGGACCACAACUUCCUUGGCAUAGCUCUGACAGAUCCUGGACAUAACUCACUCCCAUUGAUCUCAGCCGCCAUUUAUUGUUAUGUGGCACAAUGUGUCGGCCUGAAGGCUCACCCGUGCGGGUUCCCUUUCCAUGUGCAUGUAAUACUCCGGCCUCCGCCAGGAAUAGACAUGGAUGGCAACCUUCUCGAUGAGGGAGACAUAGGGGAUCCUAUGUACAUGGAUCCUUUCCGUUCUGAUAAAGAAACCCCAGCUUCCGAUUUACAAAGACAGUUGAGUUUCCUGGGUGCAUCCAGCAAUGAACAAUCAGUAUUUUUACAGGAGUCACUACCUUCUGAAAUUAUUUUACGAUGUGGACGGAAUAUCUUAAACUCAAUCCACCACAACUCCGAGGCCCCUGAUCUACAUCUGGCAACAGUAGAUCUUGUGAGUGCAAAAUAUAGCGCCCUCUGGGCUUCUAUACUCCUUGCAAAUGAGCCCAGAUCAAUUGUGCUAAGAGAUUACCUACCUUGGCUAAUGGAAGUAUUUGCCACUGAUUUUACAUGUGAUUUAUACCUGAUUGAACAAUACAUCGUCCCUCUUUUCCAGGAUAUGCCGGAGUAUGAGCAUAUCCUGGACAGUCUCCAUGUUAUGCGAACAGUGGAUGAAAGAUCAAAGCAAAUCCACCAACGAAGUGAGGAGCACAACAAUGUUAACUAUCGUGUCGGCCAAGUAUUUCGGCAUCGCCGUUACAAUUAUAGAGCCAUCAUUAUCGGAUGGGAUUCGGAGUGUGGAGCAGAUGAGCAGUGGAUGAGGCAAAUGGGUAUCGAUCGCCUGCAAGCUGGUAGGCAUCAGAGCUUUUACCAUGCCCUUGUUGAAGACAAGACUUUUCGAUAUGUGGCCGAAGAAAAUAUUGAAAUCAUCACCCCGCAUGUUACUGAUUUACCCCAACUUCUGGUUUCGGCGGCAGGAAAGUACUUCAAACGGUGGGACCAGACAACACGGACCUUUAUUAGCAACAUCAAGGACGAGUACCCUGAUGAUUGAAUUCGACUCGGCCCUAGCGCAUAUCCUGAUGCAAUAAAUAUAUUACCUAUCAUACAGUACAUGGGAACU